UCAGAGAUAGUACUAGGGCGGUUCGUCUCAGGAUUCACGAAACUCAAGUUUCAGCUCACCAGGGAAACCAAGUUCCACCUGAGGUGCUCGCAAUGGCACAACGUCAGCAGCCCAGCCGUGGCACGAAGAGCAACCAUGCGACCCUCGGCGGUCAUUACAAGGAUCAAGGAGGUCUAGCUGAAGCACAGACUGAGAGCGGUGGCCAAUCAUUUGCUGGUGAGAUUGUUGGGCUGCAGUUACCUGAUAUGGGACCGCCUGCGCUGGCAACCGGCAGAAGUGGCGUGAGGAGCCUCAGCGCUGUUCUGCAGCAGGCCCCUCGUGCGCCUUCCCCUUGCAACGUUGCGAGUAACAAUGAUUCGGGGAUCAACGGUGAGGUCAACCAUGAAGCCCCUGCUUCUGCGUCACAUCUUCCAUCCAGCCCAGCCAGGCUCCCAGCCCAGCCUACUGCUGCCUCAACGCCUGUCCAUGCUCCUCCCACGCUUGGUGCAACUGGUGAUGCCUCAAUUCCAGCAGCUGCCACGGCCUUCACGGCAGCGGAGGCGAACCAGCAAACGGACGAGGAUGAGGCGAUCAUCAUGCCUACAGCUUAUACCGCUGUUGGUACCCGGCUGUUUAAGCGAGCCGCUGGCGUCGAGACAAACGGUGGGGUGGAUCUGCUCUACAGCGAGAAAGGCCGGAAGGUGUCAAGGCUCAAUGACGAUGUUCGUCUGCGAAACACGCAGCUUGAGGAGGAAGCACUUGCUUCUAGAGACGAACUUCAACGACAGACGGUGGUCACCACUACGUCGCUGAGGGCGGUAGAGAACUUGGCCAACCAAAUAGAGAAGAAGGUUCUCACGGACAAGCGCGUUAAUGACAUCAUGAAGCAGGCAGUUAGCCUCACCAUCAGCAAGCCCCCGUACAUUAACUAUGCUCCAGAUGAAGCCCACUGGCUGACCCUCUUUGUUGAGCUGGCAAACGUGCAGCCACUCUCAGAAACCGCAUUCAAGCUUAAGCUUGAAUUAUCAAACUCUGAUGCCUUAGAGCGGACUGCCAAAAUGUUCAACAACAGGUUUGGGAAAAGGCUUUCCAACCUCAGGCUCGGAGCUCUCCUUAACUCCCCUCUUAAGCUAAUCAAGGCUGUGAUAAACAGCGACGGGAAGAAGUGCUACAAGAAGGACACUGAGUUCGCACUUGCAUGUGUGAAGUGGGUUGCUGAGAACGCAAUUGAUGACACAGGGAUCCCUUGGCAUGAGUGGUUGGGCGUCCCGUUCUCGAGCCCUGCCUUUCUUGCGGUGGGGAAAGUGUGGACAGGGAAGGCUGGUCCGGUCGUAGCGCUGCACCGACAUCAGCUCACCCUCACAAUGGCCGUGAUUCGUCACAAGUUGCGCAAUCCGAACAUGGCACGCGUUCAGCUAGAAAGGUCUGGAGAUCCUGAUGCCCUCGGAAGGCAGGAGCGCGUCGUUCAGCGCCUGCUCAACCGGUUCCAGGCCACCAAGUACAACGGCAACAACUACUUCAUCGGCAAGCUGUACCUCAUGGAUUGGGUGGAUGUCCCAGAGAACAUCCUGGCCCUUGAUUUCGUGGGGGACCGUGACGUAGAUGAUGUGGUUGAAGGCGACCUGAAUGGAGAGGGUGUGGAGGUUAUUUUCUGAAGGGAGCGAUGGGGCAGGUGGAGAAGGUCAUGUUGCAUCUGGAUGUGCUUCAUGAUCAGGGAUGUGAUUCAGAAGUGCUGCUGUUUUGGAAGUUGAUUACGGUUUGUCUUUCAUGUUGGAUGAGGAGGUAUUGUUGAGGGUUGUUUUUCAUUGCCAAUAAUAUCUGUUAUGGUUUGCGGGUUUA